GUGAGAUAGCGAGAGCCGCCGGCACGGGGAAAGGGGAUGGCGGCAGCGGCGGUUCGAGGAGGGGGGGCGGGAUCGGCGGCGUGAGGGGACGGCACUGCCCGGCACUGCCCGCCGCGGCUGGCAGGCCCCGCCGGCCCGGGCUGCACCAUGGGCAGCGCUGACUCCAAGCUCAACUUCAGGAAAGCGGUGAUCCAGCUCACCACCAAGACCCAGCCUGUGGAGGCAACAGAUGAUGCCUUUUGGGACCAGUUCUGGGCAGACACAGCCACCUCAGUGCAGGAUGUCUUUGCCCUGGUACCAGCUGCAGAGAUCCGAGCAGUGAGAGAAGAAUCGCCUUCAAACUUGGCCACUCUGUGCUAUAAGGCUGUGGAGAAGCUGGUGCAGGGAGCAGAGAGUGGCUGCCACACGGAGAAGGAGAGGCAAAUCGUCUUGAACUGCUGCCGGCUUCUCACCCGUAUCCUGCCUUACAUCUUUGAGGACCCAGACUGGAGAGGUUUCUUCUGGUCAACUGUCCCUGGGGCUGGCCGAGGAGGGGGAGAUGAAGAUGAUGAAAAUGCCAGGCCUCUGGCUGAGUCACUGCUCCUUGCUGUCGCAGAUCUGCUCUUCUGUCCUGACUUCACUGUGCAGAGCCACCGGAGGAGCACGGUGGACACAGCAGAAGAUAUCCACUCCAUUGACAGCUGUGAGUACAUUUGGGAGGCAGGAGUGGGCUUUGCCCAUUCUCCACAGCCUAACUACAUCCAUGACUUGAAUAGGACAGAGCUGCUUAAGCUGCUGCUGACCUGUUUCUCUGAGGCCAUGUAUCUGCCUCCAUCCUCAGACAGCAGCAACACCAACCCCUGGGUGCAGUUUUUCUGCUCUACAGAGAACAGACAUGCUCUGCCACUCUUCACCUCCCUCCUGAAUGUUGUCUGUGCCUAUGACCCAGUGGGCUAUGGCAUCCCUUACAAUCACCUGCUCUUCUCUGACUACCGUGAACCACUGGUGGAGGAAGCAGCCCAGGUGCUGAUUGUCACUUUGGACUAUGACAGCUCCACCAGCUCAAGUCCCACUGUGGAUGGCACGACCACUGGAACAGCCAUGGAUGAUGUGGAUCCUCCUGGACCAGACAAUCUGUUUGUGAAUUACCUCUCAAGAAUACACCGAGAGGAGGAUUUCCAGUUCAUCCUCAAAGGAGUGGCCCGCUUGUUAUCAAACCCACUGGUCCAGACCUACCUGCCAAACUCUGCCAAGAAGAUCCAAUUCCAUCAAGAACUCCUUGUCCUCUUCUGGAAACUCUGUGACUUUAACAAGAAAUUCCUCUUCUUUGUGCUGAAGAGCAGUGAUGUUCUGGACAUCCUUGUCCCCAUCUUGUAUUUUCUCAAUGAUGCCAGAGCGGACCAGUCACGAGUGGGCUUGAUGCACAUUGGGGUCUUUAUUCUCCUGCUUCUCAGUGGGGAGCGCAACUUUGGGGUCCGACUGAACAAGCCCUAUUCUGUACGAGUGCCUAUGGACAUCCCUGUCUUCACAGGGACACAUGCAGACCUGCUCAUCGUAGUCUUUCACAAGAUCAUAACCAGCGGGCACCAGCGGCUGCAGCCUCUCUUUGACUGCCUGCUGACCAUCGUUGUGAACGUGUCUCCUUACCUGAAGUCUCUCUCCAUGGUGGCUGCUAACAAGUUGCUACAUCUCCUGGAGGCUUUUUCCACCACCUGGUUCCUGUUCUCUGCUGUCCAGAACCACCAUCUUGUUUUCUUCUUGUUGGAAGUUUUCAACAACAUCAUUCAGUACCAGUUUGAUGGGAACUCCAAUCUGGUCUACGCCGUGAUCCGCAAGCGGAAUGUCUUUCACCAGCUGGCCAACUUGCCCACGGACUCCCAGGCCAUCCAGAAGGGGCUGCAGCGCAAGAAGAAGACUCCUGAGCCCAUUUCUCGCACCAACUCCCAGGAUGGGGUCUCCAUGGAAGGGUCACGUCCUGCUGCCCCUGCUGAACCAGGGACUCUGAAAACAAGUCUGGUGGCUACUCCAGGAAUUGACAAGCUCACAGAGAAGUCACAGGUGUCAGAGGAUGGGACCAUGCGUUCUCUGGAGCCUGAGUCUUCAGAGCCUUCUCCAGAGGGGAACCCACCCUCAGCUGGGAGUGAUGGGGAGCCUUGGAGUGGGGAGGGAUCACAGCCCCGACGGGAUCGAAGGCGUCUCUCCAGCACAUCCUCCGUUGGGCAGUGGACCCCAACUCCUGACUGGGUGAUGUCUUGGAAGUCAAAGCUUCCCCUGCAGACAAUCAUGAGGCUCUUACAGGUGCUGGUCCCACAGGUAGAGAAGAUCUGCAUUGACAAAGGUCUCACUGAUGAAUCAGAGAUCCUCAAGUUCUUGCAGCAUGGCACACUGGUGGGGCUGCUCCCCGUGCCUCACCCCAUCCUCAUCCGCAAGUACCAGGCUAACUCGGGCACUGCCAUGUGGUUCCGGACCUACAUGUGGGGAGUUAUUUAUUUGAGAAAUGUGGAUCCCCCUAUCUGGUAUGACACAGAUGUGAAGCUAUUUGAAAUUCAACGGGUCUAAGAGAGCACUUACCUCCACUGAGAGAAAUACACUGGAUCUAAGGACUGCUGUGUGCUGCUUCAUCACAGCUAUUCCUGCAUUUCACAUCCAGCUGAGAGACCAAAAGGACAAUCACUUCAUUUACCUCCCUGCCAUUUAAAGCUUUAAUUGGGACCUGCUUGGACAUCCCUCUCCCUAGCUCACUUCUAUUCCCUCACCCUUCACCUUGAACCUUGAGUGAAAGAUGUCUAAGGGGUUGUCCAUCGUUGUGGUUGCACUAGAAAUCAGACUCUUCUUAGCUCUUCUGUAACCCUUUUGCUCCUGGAUGUGGUUUGGAAACCAACCUGACCCUAUGCUUGCCCUGGUCAGAGUCAGCAUGUAACUGGAAGAGAAGAGCUGUACAAGGUGCAAGGGAGAAGCUGCUAUUCCUGCAGGAGCUGGGCUUUGGAAACUGCACUUACUCUCAUGUGGCUCUAUGAAGUUUCCAGGGCAUCCCUUCUGGCUGCAGGUAUCUCCCUGGUGUCUCAGUUGCAUAGUGGUAGGGUGGUAGGGAAACCUUUCCCAUCCAAAUGAAAGGAGAAGUUGCUGAAGGGAAACUUUGUGUCUCACUUCUGUCUGAGUCUCUCUACUCCUUUCCUGAAAAGCUGCUUAAGAAGUUUUGUUGUAGCCAGUGCUUUGGUAUGUGGCAAGAGAAGUUUUCCUCAGCUGCCAGGCCCAGCAGCCUGCCCUUCCUGUUGGGCUGGUGCAGUGGAGUGUUUGUCACUUUAGAAAGCCCUGCUUAAAUCAUGUUGGGCACACAGGGAGGAAGGGACUGGCUCAGCAAGAGCAAGGAGAAGAGACAUGACUGUUAAACUCCUUUAGUCUUCUCCUUGGCUGAAAGGACAGUGUCACUUGAGUCUGAAAGGAGCCAUAUCCUUCUGUCUUUGGCAGGCUGAUGUAAUGCAAGGAGCAGAAGGGUCCUUUGCACACUACUGUCUAAGGCAGGGGAUUGAGGGAGGUGCUCAGGGAAGUUGCAGGAGGAAUCUGGGAGUUGUAGGAGGAAAAGCAUCUCCAUGUCAGUGGGGAGUGGAGAGUGCUGAGGCAAAGUGCAGUUCUUCAGGGCAUUUUGCUAGUGACCAAGUUAUCAGAUCUUGAAUGUAUUUGGUUCCAAGCAUGUGAAGUUUGCAAAGCCAGAAUAACUGGUGGAAAACUUGCUGCUGCUGGCUUGGCUCAGCAGCAUGAGGCUGCGUGAUGGUAGGUGGAGGCAUCCUGGGGGUUGAAUCCAAUUUGGUGUCCUGCUGGGAGGUGCUGUUGCCAUAAACCUCUGUGGUCUUUAGACAAUGAAAUAUGAGGAAGGGUCCUGUCAGGAACUGAAACCUUUCCCUCUCCACCAAAACUUAGCCCUUUGGGAUCUUGGGAGGAUCACUGUUUGCCACAGCUUGGAACUAGUGAGAUCAGAAAACAGAUGAAGGGAGGGGACAGGUAUGGCACACAUUCAUGCAUCUUGUAACCCUUGGCUAAGUUUGAAGCUUGGGUGAUGGCAGCAUGACCAUUCUGUCCUAGAGCCUCUAGGGUACUGCUGGCUCCUGCUGGCUGGUAGUCAGGUGGUUUUCUCCUCUGGACAUUGAAACUGGACCAAAGUCCCAGGCCAGUAGAAAACUGACAUAAAGCCUGCCUGGAUUUCUGAAGGAUAAGAAAUAUGUGAAUUAGAGAGAAGUUAUUCCCCCACCCAUCUCCAACCCACUUUGCCUUUUAGCACUGCUCCUGUCCUGACCUCAUCUCCAUUCUGAUGUGAACAGGGUGAGGUCUCUGUUUCACUUGGAACCUCUUUCAUGUACAAGAAUGUGAUUUGGUGGGGCCAGCCUCUGGUUGCCUGGCACGUGCACGUCAUGGCUGGAGUGGGGCAUCCUCUGUCCCAUGUGCUUGCCUCUUCCCUCCCAUGGAUCUGCUGGUUCUCAUGAUCUCUUCCAUCCUCUCUUUUCUGCUUUGUUUCUUUGUGAGUUUCUCUGGAAAUAUUUUUGUUUGUUUCUUGGUGUUUGGAGUCUGAUCCUUGUUCUGUGGAAAUCAACUUGCACUGUAAACUAUUUGCUUACUUACAGAGAGAAAGAUAAAGAUUAUCUGAAACA